ACUAUUCGUCUGUCUUCCAGGAAGGAAAUUAAAAAUAAAUAUCUGCGCUGUUAAAACGACUUUGUUUACAAGUAACUCGGGAAGUAAAUUGUGUCUUUUCAAAAUCAAAACAGAAUUCAAACGUUUUCACAAGUUAAUAAUAUAUUUGAAAUCUUGGUAAAAGUAACGACUUACAAGUAUGAGUGGAAAAUCAUAUAAGCAGAAACAAGUUUCUAAAAAGGAGCAAAAAUUUACUCCAAGCACAUCAUCCGGUAAAGGGAAACAAAGCAUAAAUAACACAAAGGAGCUACAAAAUGAGAUUGAAAAAUUGAGGCAAACGAUAGUUAUAUAUCGUAAUAAUCUAGACCCAGCAACGAUUAGAGCAGAGUUAGACUUAACUGACCAAUCAAUGAUCAACAUUCUAACGGAUGAAAAUUUCAGGUUGACUGAAGAACUUCAUAAAUACAACUCAACGGAUACAAGAGAGAGGUAAUUUCACACUUGUUUUAUUGACAAAAACAGAAUGAAAAUAUGCUUUAAAUCGAAUUGGCGUUUCCAUCAAUUUAAAGUGUUUUGUGUGUGUGUUCCACUAUCUAAAUUAUUUACUAAACAUAAUUUCAAUUUCUAGGUAAGAUAGCAAUAUAAUGAUUUUGACAUGGUUUUUAAAUU